GGGGACUUCCAAGGGGAAGAGGAGAGUGAUACGGUGAGAUUAACGGUGGACUUAUCGCCUAUCUCUGGUGCUGGGGCUCCGCAGGGGCUAGCUACGCCUCAACAGGAUCUUCUCAGUGCUUCGCCGACGCGUGGACGACUGGGGUACCGCUUCCCAUCUACGUUGGGAAACGACCUAUUUCUCGAGACUGGGCUGGCACAUCGCCUGAGUCGGUCGGGGAGUAGGAGUACAUCACAACGCAGUGACGGACGGUCGAGUCCGGGUCCUGUGAGGCAGAGGGUGUUGAGCGAAGUGCAUAGGAUCUCGAGUCGUGUGGUGAAUAUCACGAAUGACCAGGGUGUUGCGGAGGUUUCGGCUGCUGCUGCCGCGGCGGCGGAGAUGGAGAGUAUCCCGCUUAGUCCGAUGGUUCCGCCUGCUACGGCUACGACGAAUGGGACCCUGGAAAGCACAGGAGGUGAAAGGGAUGGGUUCGAUGAGGGGUUGUUUGAUAUUUAUGAGCAGAAGGCUGCGCAGGGUGCUGUGGAUGAGGGCGAAGCUGAGGAAAGUAAGUUACGUGGCAAAAGUCUCGGGAUUUUCGGGCCGGACAGUUCGGUGAGGAAUUGGUUGUGCAACAUCCUCCUCAACCCCAUCACGGAACCGUUUUUGUUUUGCGUAAUUGUGUGUCAUACGGUCUUGCUUAUCAUCAAGUCCUCGCUACGACAACAUUAUACUGGAGAUGGAGACCGAUUGAGGUGGGGACAGGGACCGCAGAAAUGGCUCGAUUUUGCGUUUUUGGGGAUUUUUGGGUUGUAUACGUUGGAGUGUGUCGCCCGGAUCGUGGUGAGUGGGGUUUUCAUCAAUCCUCCCUCUCUCGAGAAUCCGGAUAAGCCGCAUGGGUUGGAGAGUUUGGCGCAGAAGGUUAGGGUUAUGGCGAAUGUUGCGCCGAGUCGGUCGAGGAGUAUGUCGCGAAGUCCGGCACGACCACCACGGAGUCCGAUUGGGAUGCCGAGGAGUCCGAUGAGGGCACGCGCUGUGGUUAGGACGAAUACGAGCUAUGCUGAGCAUGUUAAUCCCACGGGAGGGUGUUUCAAGACGUUGAGAGAGUUGAAGAAAGCUCAGUUGGCACGACGAGCAUAUUUGCGACAUUCAUUCAAUCGAUUGGAUUUCGUUGCUGUUGUCGCGUACUGGAUUGGGUUCUUGCUGUCUGUGACGGCAGUGAGCUCGGAGCAUCAUAUCUACGUGUUCAAGAUGUUGAGUUGUCUCCGGAUUCUGAAGUUGUUGAAUAUCACGCAGGGAACGAUGACGAUCCUCCAAUCCCUCAAGAAAGCUGCGCCGUUACUGGUUAAUGUCGCGUUUCUUGUUGGAUUCUUUUGGUUGAUUUUCGGGAUCGUUGGGGUACAGAGUUUCAAGGGGUCGUUUCGGAGGCAGUGUGUGUAUCCGUGGACGAAUGAUUCUGGUUUUCAGCAGUAUGAGACGGGGCAGUAUUGUGGUGGGCAUUUCAAUUUGAGUUCGCCGACAAAUCGGACGUCGUAUCUGGAUCGGCAGAAUAAUACGGAUGGACAUGGUCCGCCGAAGGGGUACCUGUGUCCAGCGCCGGCGGUUUGUGUGGAGAGCGAUGAUGCGGUGAUCCCGACUGUGUCGUUCGAUAAUAUCUUUCAGUCUAUGGAGCUCGUGUUCGUGGUUAUCAGUAUGAACACGUGGUCGGAUUUGAUGUAUUACUCGAUGAACUCGGAUUAUCUCGUUUCUGCUGUCUUCUUCAUCGCCGGGAUUGUCAUCUUGACGUUUUGGUUGAUGAACUUGGUUAUUGCGGUUAUCACGACCUCGUUCCAGCUCAUCAGGGAGGAAGGACAGAGAGCGUCUGCGUUUACGAAUAAUGCUGAGCCGGUGAAUAUGGAGGAUCCGCUGAUUGGGCAGCAACAGCGUCCGUCGAGGUUCAGGACGGCGUUUCAGUACAGCGAGCCAUUUUGGCUGUUGUUGAUCGCUAUUGAUAUCGUCUUUCAGGCGACGCGGACGUCGGAUAUGUCUGAUGGGCACGCGAAGAUGUUGCGGAUCGUGCAGUCAGUGUUAACAGUGAUCUUUGCGAUUGAAAUUGUGUUGAGGUUCAUUGUGACACUACCCAACUGGCGACAGUUCUUCAGGCACCGCAGGAAUAACUUUGAUGCGUUCUUGGCGGCAGUGACUAUUGUCAUUCUGUUUCCGCCUAUCUACGGGUCAAAGGCGUAUGACUGGCUUUCGGUGUUUCAAUUGGCAAGGAGUUACAGGAUUGUCUUGGGUAUUCCGGUCAGUCGGGACCUUCUGGUCAAUGCCCUGGGUAACGCAUCUGGUUUGAUCAACUUGAUCUUCUUCUUGCUGUUGAUGACACUCUUGGCGUCUCUAUUCGCGAUCCAGCUCGUUCGAGGAGAUAUGCCUCCGGCCGACGAUGGGCCUGAUGGAAACCCUAUUGACUUUGCUACGAUGUGGAAUGCCUUUUUGGGUAUGUAUCAGAUCGUGAGUACGGAAAACUGGACCCAGAUUCUCUAUGCUGCAACGCAGUCACAAGUGCAAUACGGUGUGGCAUGGAUCAGUGCUGCGUUCUUCAUCGCUUGGUUCAUCUUCGGCAGCAGCAUCAUCCUGAACAUGUUCAUUGCUGCUUUGCAGGAGAACUUCCACGUAUCUGAAGAGGAAAAGCGUCGAUACCAAAUCAGUGCGUUUAUUGAGAAGUCAAUCCCGGCAUUGUUGAAGGGCAAUGUAGACCAAGGUAAUUUCACGUUGGCGUCGCUGUUCAAACGUCGUCAUGUACCCGGGGAUGCAAGACCAGAGGCAUUCAAUAUGCUCAUGAAGGAAGCUGUUGUCAAGGACUUCUUGGAUGAUACGAAUGUCAGGACACCGGGCAUUUCACGAUCUACGACCAUGCGGGAAAGACCUGCGCCAGAGUGGUACGAGCGUUUGUCAAAGUGGUUCAAGCGAUCUAGGGGAGAGCCAGCUAAGCGCAAUCCUUUCUAUCAGCAAAAGAACAAGAGUCAGACCUUCAAGCUGACGAAUCCUCAAACCAUGGCGCAGGACGCCGUGCUUGCGAACACUCAUCGGCGACUAGAGGAGAACGCUUGGCUUCAGUCUAAUCCUGACUUCGACGUCGCUCUUUGGAUCCUUCCAAGCAACCACCCGAUUAGGCAUUUCUGUCAAUCCUUGGUUGCUCCUGCCGUCAAUCAUCGGCAUGGAGAUUCCUUGCCUCAGAACCCUGUUGCGUGGUACAUGUUCUCGGCUUUUGUGUAUGCUGCUAUUGUGGCCAUGGUUGUGAUUGCUUGUGUGACCACGCCUCUCUAUCAAAAGUUAUAUAAGCAAACCCAUGGCAGUACCAGAUACACGUGGUACACGUUGUCGGACAUGGCAUUCGCUGGCGUAUUUUCCAUCGAAGCGGCAAUCAAAAUCAUCGCGGAUGGUUUCUGGUUGACGCCCAAUGGUUAUUUCAGAAGCACAUGGAACAAGAUCGACCUUUUCGUCUUGUGUACUAUCUGGAUCAACGUCGCUGCCACGCUUACAGGCAAAGGAGAGUUGUCGCGUGCGUUCCGCGCAUUCAAGGCUUUGCGUGCUUUACGUUUGGUGAACGUCUCUGACACUGCUCGGGAGAUUUUUCACCAUGUCAUGUUCUCAGGUUUCUGGGGUAUGGUUGGUGUUUCCGUUGUCUCUCUUGGUCUACUGAUCCCGUUCGCUAUCUGGGGUGUCAACAUCUUUUCCGGGUUGUUGUAUUCGUGCAACGAUGGAAGCGCAGACAAGUUUGGUUGUGUUGCUGAGUAUGUUUCUUCUCCGUACACUUGGGACCUUUGGGCGCCCAGGGUCUGGGCAAACCCCUACGUCUGGAGCUUUGACAGUUUCGGUGCUUCGCUGUUGAUCUUGUUCGAGAUUGUCUCGCUUGAAGGCUGGAUCAAUGUCAUGCAGUCAGCGAUGCAAAUUGUUGGCAACGGUAAGGCACCGGCGACCAAUGCCUCGUCAUACAACGCGAUCUUCUUUGUUGCAUUCAACUUGUUGGGCGCUGUGUUCAUUUUGACCUUGUUCAUCUCGGUGAUCUUGAAGAAUUACGCAGAAAGAUCCGGUGUUGCCUACCUUACUGCCGAUCAGAGGUCAUGGCUCGAGCUACGAAAAAUUCUCCGGCAAACACAGCCUUCGAAACGACCGGCUGAGAGUCCUACGGAAUCGUGGAAGGCUUGGUGUUACGCGAGGGCCGUGUCGAAGCAUGGUUAUUGGACGCGAAUCAUGACGCUGGUUUACAUUGCGCACACAGUUUUGUUGAUGACCGAACAUUAUCCGGCUCCAGAUCGUUACGAUACAAUCCGAAACGCCAUCUUCACCGUCUUCAUCGCCGUGUACCUGUGCAACAUCGCAUUCAGGAUAAUUGGUUUGAGGUGGGCUAACUACCGCCGGAACUACUGGAAUCUGUAUGAUCUCGUCAUCACUUUCGGUACCGCCGUUACCACGCUCUCGCAAUUCUUUGUCAGUAACAGCAAACAUGGCACGCUCUUGCAAUUUCAGAAGCUGUUCUUGGUCGGCGUGUGUCUCAACUUGAUCCCGAAGUCUGAUAAUUUGGACCAGCUGUUCAAGAUGGCUGCGGCAAGUUUGCCUACCAUCGGAAACCUUAUUGCAACGUGGUGCGUUCUAUUUGUUGCGUAUGCCAUUGCUUUUACGCAGAUCUUUGGACUCACUCGUAUUGGUCCUAAUGGUUCUGACAAUAUCAACUUCCGAACAGUGCCGAAGGCCUUGAUCCUCCUGUUCCGCAUGUCGACUGGAGAAGGAUGGAACUCGAUUAUGCACGACUACGCUGUCUCAUACCCAAACUGCAUUCUGGUUUUCAACGACUUCGCGAAUACUGAUUGCGGUUCCAAGCCUUGGGCUUACGCAUUGUUCAUCUCGUGGAACAUCAUCUCCAUGUAUAUCUUUGUCAACAUGUUUGUCGUUUUGGUCGUUGAUAACUUCUCUUAUGUGUAUCAGCGAUCAGGAAAGAUCAGUCUGGUCUCUCGCGAUGAGCUGCGAAGAUACAAGGAUGCGUGGAGGCGCUUUGACAAGAAAGCGACUGGCUAUAUUCAGGCGGAGGACCUGUCAAAGUUCCUGAGAUCCUUGUCCGGCGUAUUUGACACGCACAUCUACGAGGAUGAAUUCAGCGUGCAGAGUAUGCUGGCAAGGGAGGACGAUACCCCGGUCACCCGACCAAGGCCAAUGGAUGACUACGAUGCCGAUAUGAUGUCUGAGCGAAUCACUGCGUUGCCUAUUGAGAAGAUCCAGAGGCGGAGGAGGAUCUUCAAUAUGCUUUACGCUGAGGCCCUGAUCACAGCGAAGCCAGGUAAAGGCAUCGGCUUUACGGCCAUGCUCGUCAUGCUUGCUCAUUACAAGGUUGUGAACGACGAGAAGAGUCUCAGUCUCGAAGACUACCUCAAGAGACGUGCCAAGAUGCAGAAAGUGGAGGAGCAGAUGAAGAAGGAUAUUGUUAGGGGUUUCUUCCAGACAUUGUACUGGAAGAAAUGGAAGAAGGCACAGUUGCAUCCUGAACCGGAGCAGGCUUCGAUUUCCGUACCGCAGAUUUUCGUU